CCGUCUGCCUGUAGUGGGCUCCGGUAACAACCCACACUCAGAGGGUAGGAGGAGGACAAAGAGAGGAAAGUUUGACAAGGAGAGAGACAGAGAGAGAGAGAGAGAGAGAGAGAGAGGGAGAGAGAGAGGAAGGAGGGGGGCGGAGGAGGAGCCAGCCCAGAGAGGGGCCGCAGCAGCAGUGUGAGCAGGCUGGGAUUGUGCUGCUGAAAGAUUUUUCUGUGGGACAGAGGACACCACGGCGGAGAUCGAAAGAGAGAAAGAGACAGAGGCAGAGACUGAGAGAAAGACAGAGACAGAGAGAGAGAAGGAGACAGCGAUGCUGGGAUCCGACUGGGAGUGUGUGGCUUCGGCCUGCAGUCGCCAUGGCGCUAGUCCAGGCCCUGCCUGUCCCCACUGAUCACCCCAAGUCCAGCCUUGAGGUGGGCCAGUGCCGCUCGCUCGCCCACUCCCCCGCGCUCCCCCCGGCCCCGCCGCCCCCUUCCUCCCUGGGCACCAUGGGUUCCGUCAGCAGCCUCAUCUCCAGCCGCGGGCCCUCCUACCCGGAGCGCCAUGGCCGCACCACCACUGCUGACUUUGGCGCCAAGUGCCGCAAGGCGGCGGCGGGCACCAGCUGCUUCCGGGUGCAAGACGGCACCCUCCGCAGCGCCAGCUCGCAGGAGCAGCUGCUCAACAACCACCAGCAUCACCAGCUCCAGCAGCAGCAGCAGCAUCAGCACCAGCAGUCGCUCACGCUGCAGCUCAAUGGCAAGAAGCCCGUCACAGUCAACAACAUGGCCAACGCCGUCUCCGCCGGCAACGGUAACUACGGCUACGUGAGCGACGACCUGGUGGUGGGCGACUGGAACGACAACCUGGUGAGCGCGUGCAGCCCCUGCAGCGACUCGGAGGAGACACGGGACACACGCGCCCUCAAUGGGAACAUUGGCGGACCGCCUCCCAAACUCAUCCCCGUGUCAGGCAAACUGGAGAAGAGCAUGGAGAAAAUCCUAAUCCGCCCUACUGCCUUCAAACCAGUCAUCCCCAAGAACCGCAACUCUGUGCAAUACCUCUCCCCACGGCCAGGGGGCAGCCUGUCGGAGAGCCAGGGCAGUCUCAACCUGCUCCUGCCGGUGGCGGCCAUCAGCACCAACGGGGGCGGCAGCUCCUCCCUGGUGGGCUCCACGUCCUCGUCGUCCUCCUCCUCGGACAAGCGCAACUCGUACAGCGGCGGGCGGCACGGCGGGCGAGGCAGCCAGUCGGGCACCAUGUCCGACUCGGGCCGCAACUCGCUCUCCAGCCUGCCCCCCUACAGCGGCAGCAGCAGCAGCGCCGGCUACAGCCUGCCGGCCAGCGACGGCGCCCCGCCCCUCCUGGAGCCGUCGUCCCGGUUGCCUGCCGGCGGCGGAGGCGUCUCGAACGCCACCAUGCACGGACACUCCAACUCGGACAGCGGGCGCUCGUCGUCCAGCAAGAGCACCGGCUCGCUGAGCGGCCGCGGGCAGCCUCUGUCGGACAGCGGCUCGUGCGAGCGCUCACCGGCGCCUGCCGACGGCUACGAGGGCGUGAUCCGCGACCUGGAGGAGAAGCUGAGGGAGCGCGAGCUGGAGCUGCAGCAGCUCCGAGACAACCUGGACGAGAACGAGGCCGCCAUCUGCCAGGUGUAUGAGGAGAAGCAGAAGCGCUGCGAGCAGGAGAUGGAGGAGCUGCGCCUGAGCUGCGCAGCCAAGAUGAAGCAGGCGCAGCAGAAGGCCCAGCGCAGCCAGCAGGUGCUGCAGCUGCAGGUCUACCAGCUGCAGCAGGAGAAGAAGAAGCUGCAGGAGGACUUCUCCCAUCUGCUGCAGGAGCGCGAGCUGCUGGAGAAGAGGUGCGCCUCCAUCGAGCGCGAGCAGACCCAGCUGGGCCCGCGGCUGGAGGAGACCAAGUGGGAGGUGUGUCAGAAGUCGGGUGAGAUCUCUCUGCUGAAGCAGCAGCUGAAGGACGUGCAGUCGGAGCUGGCGCAGAAGGCCGGUGAUCUGGUGUCGCUGCGGUCGCAGCUGCGGGAGGCGCGCGGCGAGCUGCACGCCAGCCAGGCCCGCUCCCAGGAGGCGCACGCGGCGGCGCGCACGCGCACCCUGGAGCUGGAGGUGUGCGAGAACGAGCUGCAGCGCCGCAAGAGCGAGGCCGAGCUGCUGCGCCAGAAGCUGGGCCGCAUGGAGGAGGAGUCGGCGCGGCUGCGGGACGUGCUGGCCGCGCCCGCCGGCCUGCACCAGGGCCAGUACCCCGGCGCGCUCCACCACCCACUCCAUCACGGCAACCACGCCGCCAAGGCCCAGCAGUGCAUGAGCCUGCCGCUGCCGCACAGCCGCGGGGCCUCGGCCCACGGCAGCCCCGCUAUGCUGAGGGAGGCCGGAGGCUCCGAGGACCAGCUGCUGGCCGCCUACGAGAGCGACGAGGCCAAGGUCCAGCGCCAGAGCCAGGGUCAGGGUCAGGGUCACGGCGAGGCGGCGCAGGUCAUGCGUCAGCAGGUGGAGCGUCUGAAGGCGGAGCUGAUGCUGGAGCGGCGGCGGAGCGAGGACCAGAUGGACACCUUCGAGUCGGAGCGGCGCGUCUGGCAGGAGGAGAAGGACAAGGUGAUACGCUACCAAAAGCAGCUGCAGCAGAACUACAUUCAGAUGUACCGGCGCAACCGCGAGCUGGAGCGCGUCAUGCGCCAGCUCAGCCUGGAGUUGGAGAGCCGCGACCUGGAGGAGUUCGAGAUGCGCGGCGGCGUCGGUGGCACUGCCGGCGAGAUCCACUUUGAGGAGAUCACUGCCACGGAGAUCUAAAGACCCCCCCCCCCCACACACACACACACCCCCAGACAGAUCUCCUCAAAUCCUCCUGAUCCCUUGAAUAUAACCCCCUAUAUCACACACCACCAGGCUCUAACCCCUCACCUGAACUGUCUCCACAUGACCACCACCACUGAGAGCCAGGAUGAAGAACACAGGAACGACAUUACAGGAUCUAUUCCUGUCCAGCAUCAGCCAAGGAGCAUGAUCUGAUUCAGAUGGGAGGGCCUGCUCAAGUCUGAUACUCUGCCAGGGAAGGCCUUGUCAUCGCGGAGGAGUCCGGAUCAUUCUUCACCUCUGUGCUGUGUGGUGGUGCAUCUGUCCUGUCACUUGACGAAUCUGAAGGGUCAGACCAGCCUCUACACUUUCUCACACUUACAGUUAGAAUGUAGAACACCACUUAGUUCUGCACUGGUGCUGACAAGCCUAAUGAUGACAUUCAUCCUUCAUGAUAUCGCUACACGUCAAGGAUAGCAUGGAGAACUCCUUUCACAAAUCAAUCUCAGAAGCACGCUUGCCGUACUUGUGCUUUAUUUUUUCAGUGCACUCAGGCUGAGGAGGUGCGGUGGAGGACAGUAUUGUUUGUAGACUCCUCAUGAUGUUAGCAGGAGUCUGGGCUCUGGACCCAGUAGCACCAGCAGGUCUCAUCACAGCCUCUCGUGAUCACCACCCAGUUCUCUUCUCUUCUCUUCAGCCAGUGGAUUCUAGCGGAGACACAAAAGGCACUAAAGGGGUGUCUUCUCACUCCUCGAACCCCCAAACCCAUACACACUCUCUCACUCUUGUUCACCAGCGUAAACACUGACAUCACAGAAGACGAGUGGUUUUCAACCAAAUCCACUGUUGUUGUUUUUUUUCUUUUCUAAAAGGCACAAAGACUGUUGGGGGUUGUUUCAUAUGCCGUCUUUGGUGUCUCAGAUGUUUUGAGGCACAGGGUGUGUGUUUUUACAAGAGGUGACCAAGGUCACAGGGUUUUGUAGUCAUGCAGAUCGUCAUAGUGGAAUACGUGGCGAUCGCCGUGACUUCCUGUUACCUAUAUUUGCUCUCCUCACAGAGUGUCAGAGUUGAACACGCCCAGUCCUCUCCUCUCUGCCCUGUCCCCUAGUCACAAUAAUACUAAUCACUUUAUCUAGAAGUUUUAUUUUUCUAUGUAGUUCCUUUCAAAAGAGAAGAAAAUAUCCCAAAUUAUAUUUUGCUCGUCCUUAUAUGUCUCUCCAAACCUCGGUAUCCAGAUAACACUGUCUGUGACGCAUGUGUGCAUGAUCCAGUAUCCUAGAGUUUAGUGAGAGGGUGCCUGGUCAGUACAGAGGCAGGGGGAUGGACCUGGACCGCAUCGAUGCCAGAUACAGGCCGGGUCCGAUCCGGAGUCAGCUGCACUCUGGGUCCAGAGAGGGUAACCCUGGUAACCCUGGUAAAACCCUUGUGUUGUCAUGGUAACACUCCUCCUGUCUGUCACCCUAUGUUCUCGACCUGGAUAUGCAUACAGAGAUGGCAUGCAGCGUGUGGAAACACAGGUCUGGUAGUUCAAGAUAAUUGCAAAAAGAAGAAGGGAUAUAUCUAUAUAUUAUAUAAACUUCUUUUCUGUGUUUUUACAAAACAAAACAGAUACACUAGAAAUGAAAUAACGAUAAAGCAAAUUAUUAUUAUAUACAUAUAUAUGAUAUCUAUUUUUUUAUAUAGCACCUGGAAACUAUUUUGUGGUAACACAAGUGACAGAGUAGGUGUGGCAGACCUGCAGUACAUUUUAUCAUCAUCACUUUCAUCCUCUCUUUAUCAUGGAGGCUCACUUUCAGAAGCUCCAACACUAGGGAGCACGCAAAACCAGUGAGUCGCUGUGCGCAGUGAGUUUCACCAACUGUCUUCACACUUCUGUUUUAGUGGCACGUUUGCACACAUUGGGUUUAGUGACUGAGUUUUUUUUCAGACGUAGUACACCGUCAUCUUUGUUGACUGAGUUACUGUUAGUAACAUCUGUGUAAGUGGGGUGAUGUAACUACCCUACAGAUUUUUUUUUUCCUGUUUGGAUUUCAGCUUAACUUCUGUACUUCUGCUGCUUGGAUCAAAAUAAAUAAGGCCAAAUGCUAUUAAAUGUAAAUCAAAACAACAGUUGGAUGCUAAGCCUAUAUUUUGUCGAGCUGACAAAGCUCUUUCUAAAUCUCCAAAAAAUUACAUCCCUCUACAAGAUGUCCCAGUUGGUUUGCCUAAAAAAUGGGACUUUCUGAAAAACGCAGACUGUUGUCUGCGGCGCCAACAAACUCCGAGGCCCCUGGAAGCCUACUGCAACUGAUCCUCCAUUGUGUCACCAUUUUGUGCUCAGUCUCAUUACCUUAGCGGCUGUGUUUUUAGCACACAAACCACACGCCAGGCUAGCUGUGUUGUUACAGGUUCAUUAGACAUACAGCAGGGUAAAUGUCUGGCACUGUUGGUUUGUUUGGGCUGUCUGUGGCUGGCUGUGCGUUAGCAGUUGCUCACUUCAGUGUCAUCACGCUGAGUCAUGGAACUGUGGACCUGUGAAUCAACAGGUUAGCGCUGUAGCGCAAGAAAGAUUCCGGCUAACGCUAUAAAUUACAUUAAUGAGCCAUUGUGCUGGAAAUGGGGGGAGGGGGGGGGGGGGUGUUGGGGGGGAAAAAAGGGAUAGAUUUCCUUACCUGCACUAUAUUCUGUUGUCAGACUGUUAACCCAUGAGUUGCUCUCAGCGACCACAUCAACACUGCUGUUUUAGCACAGGAGGAGGAUCGCCCUCAGGGGGGUCAUUUCACGUCCUCACACAGCACAAUGCACUCUGCCCAGUCACUUCAAUGAUCUCCAUCAGUACACCUUAAAUAUGUACAUACCCCUAACAUCGAAUUGUAUACAGUGAAAUAUUUUAGUCUUUUGCGCAAAAUAUCUAUCUGGAAAAAAGUGUAGCCACUGUGAAUAGACCAAAGCCAAAAUAACCCACGUCUCUUUUUCUCUUCAGGUUUCUUUUUUCUUCUUCUUAUUUUUGUGCAUAUCCUUGUGUGUGCGUCAGUGUUUUUGUUUUCUAUCCUAAUCCAUUGUUUCUAGGUAUUCAUGUAUAUUUUCAUGUUGUACAUUUCUUGUAAAAAAUACUGUGUUUUUAAUUAAAGGCCUUGGAAACUAAA